AUGCGUUUCGCCAGCAUCUUCUCCGCCACGGCCUUUUUGGGUAUGACGAUGGCUGCUGUGGCCGCGGCCGCGGCAGUCGACAUUUUAACGCCGAGCUCGAGGUGAGCCGCUUUAACUUUCGACUCCUUGAACGGUCGCGCUUCGUGACCGACCUCACGACCUGGGGGCCACUGCAAAGUCCUUCAAGGCUCAAACGACGUAGUGCUCAUAGCCACAAGAACCGUGCCCUCAGCCCACCUACGCCAACCGAGCAAGGCAAGAGCAGUCAAGCCGGCGUCCAACUCUCUCGCGGUGUCGUUCAAGACGCGUCAGAUGGCUUCAGAUUUCAAUCGCAGGAAUGCAAGUGAGUGCUGCAUAUCAGACUGUCAGCGACCCAAAUUCGCGCCUUAUGUGAUUUCACCAUGUGGCGCAAAGUUGAUCAACUUAACCUGUUCUACGACGUCGAAUUCAAGAUCGUGCAUCCUAAGACAGUUUAAAGCUCACCCUCAUUGGCGGUGAGUACGGCUCAAACACCGCGGCGGCCCUCACUUUCCGCCGGGCCGACGUGGGGCUUCCGGCUCGUAUCACUCGUUCGAUCUCUCAUCACGCAACUCUUACGACAGGCAAGAUGCGGCACAAGAGGAGUGCGCUUACAACGCCGCCUACACGCACCUGUGCCCUUCCAUUCAUUGGCCGGAGUGCGAGUAAGCGACUCCUGACCCACGGUCCCCAAUACAAGGCUCCUCUGUACUGGGAUCUAUCGAUUGCAUACUCACUUUUCCUCUAUCCUGUUUACCCAAAUUAG